AUCAAUUAUUAAUAUUAUUCAGAUAACAUUUUUAGCGCAUCAUGUCAAGUUUGAGUGUUUCUCAACCGCCUUGCUGUUUACCGACAUGUCUGAUCCCAUGCUCUGUAAUUUGUUGUACUCCACCUGUGAGCUAUCCCUGCAUGCCUUACGUGCCCCGUGUUCAAUGUAGGAUAGCUUGUCGGCCUCAGUCUGCACCGAAACCAAUUAAAGCUGUGGUUUAUUUGCCAAGCUGUCCCAUGUCCAAUCCACUGAAAAUGGAAGUAACAUAUUUGCCGUCCUCAUCACUCCCUUCGUCACCUUGCUUUUACGUUUGUAAAACGAAUUAUGUCCCUUGCAAUCUACCUAAAACCGAUACUUCAAAACCGAUAGCCAUGAAUCGCUCAUCUUGCAAAAUACUUGGUCAAUUGUCAGAUCUUGUCCCGCCUGUUAAAAAAGUUCUCUAA